AUGGCGACCGCCGCCGAACGCGCACUCAAUGUCGCGGAGCUGCUCGAGCGAAUCUUGUUGUCGCUGCCGAUGAAAGACAUCCUUCUCGAUCAACGCGUCUCGAAGUUCUGGAAGGAGCUGGUCAAGAACUCGCCGAAGCUGCAGCAAGCGCUCUUCUAUCGACCGGACUACGACACAGAGACAUGGACGGCAAUCGACUGGUAUGAAAUCGAGUACGUAUCAGGAGCGUUAGUUCUCGAGGCUGUGGGUCCGCAAGUCAACAAAGAUGCAGAGAGCAGUGAUUGGCAUCGCCAAGUCGUCAUGGGUCGCGCCAACGAGUUACUCCUCCACUACAGGCGCGACUCCGAAUGCGUUGUGCCUGAAAAUGGAAGCUUCACAUUUUUGAUUCAAGACAGCGACCGUGAAGGACUUGACCCUUUCGUCGACGGCUACAGCCCUAUCUCCAUGGACGAAGACGAGGACUCAUCCAUAAUUGCGGCGCUGCGCAACAAGAAGCCAACAGAUAAGAACUUCAAGCCGUCUUGGUGCGGCAUGUUCUUGUCUCAACCACCAGUUACUGAGCUUCAGUUCACCAACUGGUUCAGCGAGGACUCCACAUUCGAAAAUGGCGAUUUCAAGAACUGCAAGAACGCUAAGGGCGUCACCGCCGAUGACCUGAUCGAAGCAAUGUUUGAAGCAUAUGGCAAUUGGAAGUUUCCCGACGUUCAUGGUCAGCGUCUCUACAUCUGGGAUCCCAUUGUCGCUCCUCAGAUGUACUUCAAGCCGGACGAAGGUGUUCGGGACUUCAAAAGACUCGAGGACCUCACUGGGAGUCGAUCGAACGCACUAGACUUGUGCAAGCAGAUGGACCACAAUCUCUGGACCAUGAAGUACGGCGACCAGUUCGACAGACUCGUGAAGUAUGGUCUGCUGAAAGAGAUUACGCCCGAUAUACACGUCGAAGACUUCCUGAUCCAGAAAGAGCACCUGCCAGACUAG